AUGGAAUCGAGCGUGGAUGACGGAGAGGCGAAUUCGGAGAACCAAGCGUUUUCGGCGAGCGAUAUGCAGAAAUUCUCACGCAUGAUGGCCCAAUUCAAUGCGUUUCAAGCACAAGCGUCAAGAUCCAACACGAAUUUACUGCAAGAUUCGUCUAGUCACUUCUAUUUGCACCCUAGCGAAACCCCUGGAAUUUCACUCACGGAUGCUCCAUUAACCACCUCGAACUACCAUUCGUGGUCAAGGUUAGCGACACUUUCACUCAAUGCGAAGAACAAACUCCGAUUUAUCGAGGGAACCCUAGUGAAGCCAGAGAGGGACGACCCUUCCUCCGGAGCCUGGGAUCGCUGUAAUACAUUUGUUCUAUCUUGGCUACACAGAUCUCUCAGUCCAGAAAUUCUCCAGAGCGUCUUAUGGUGCAACAACGCUUACGAGCUAUGGAUGGACCUGAAGCACAGAUUCGAUCAAGGGGACCUGUUCAGAAUUGCAGAUCUGGAAGAAGAAUUGUUUUCGUUGAGACAAGGUGAACUCACUAUCACUUCUUACUAUACUAAGUUGAAGAGUAUUUGGGAGGAAUUAGAUGAGUUUAGACCUAUUGCAUUGUGUUCUUGCCUUCAUAACUGUGAAUGUGGAAAGAAUCUUGAAAUGAUUAGAGAGCACAGAGAGCAGUCCCAUGUAAUUAGGUUCCUUCGAGGAUUGAAUGAUCAAUAUGUGAAUGUACGCUCCCAACUCAUGCUUGUAACACCCUUACCAACUGUAGCAGCAGCCUUCUCCUCGCUUUUACAGCAAGAGAGACAAUUGAUGCACUCAAUAGAUCCUGAAGCAAGAAUGAUGGCAAAUAAUGUCAAUACGAAUGCAUUUGGGACUUAUCAGAAUAAUGGAAGUAGUUCAAUUAGAGGAAGAGGUAGGGGCCGUGGGGGCAGAGGUAAAGGACAUGGCCGAGGAACACCAAAAUUAUGCUCUCACUGUGGCAAGACUGGUCACCUAGUAGACACUUGUUAUUACAAGCAUGGAUUCCCACCACACAUGCAAAGGAAUCAAUUCAAAGGGAAUACUGAUGGCCCAAGUGCCAUGAACUCAGUAAAUUCCAUAACUGCUGCGAGUAAUGAAGAGAGCAGCAUUGAACCUUUAAUCCAGAAGGAUGAAAGAGUCAGUCUUGAUGGGUUGUUUUCGGAUAAGAAAAAAGAAGCCCUAUUUGCCUUGUUCCAACAACAAUGUAGUGACCCCCCAAAUAAUGGAAAUUUGGCAUCUGUACAUGCACCAUCCGCAGGUACCUUCUAUCUUUUAUCAAUUUCCAGCCAUAUUUUAAAUUGUCAUGACUGGAUUUUGGAUACAGGAGCUAGUGCUCAUGUGUCAUUCUCACUCGAUUUCUUUCAAUCCGUUAAAACAAUAAAACCUGUUCAAGUCAUAAUGCCAAAUGGUUCUAAAGUUGUCACAACCCUUUGUGGGACAAUUUUCUUUUCAGCAAGUUUCUACUUGACUGAUGUCUUAUAUAUCCCUACUUUCAAGUAUAAUCUCAUUUCAAUUUCAAAAGCAGCUGAUGCACUUUCUUGUUCCUUUUUGUUCAAUGCACAUGAUUGUGAGAUUCAGGAGCAACUUACCUUGAAGACGAUUGGAGCUGCUGAUCAAAAGGGGGGAUUGUAUACAAUGCGGAUCAAACCUGUUUUGGCAACAGCACCGGAACUGAUGCAUACAAUAAAGGGUGAUGUAGCUAAAUCUGUGCCUCUUGUACACACACACAAUAUCAUUCAUACAUUAGAUGAUGCAACACUUUGGCAUCAUCGUUUAGGACAUAUCUCAUGUAAUAAGAUACAACAAAUGAAAGUUGCAUAUCCAUUCAUUACAUAUCAUAAUAGUGAUGUACCAUGUUCUCCUGUCACUAUGCAAAGCAGAAACGUUUGCCUUUUAAUGAAAGUCACACCAAAUCUGAAAAUAUUUUUGAUCUAG